GCCUGUGUUAUUGUUGUCAGGGCGGAGAGACGCCGCUAAUACUGUAGCCUCUUCUCCGAGAUGUCCACGCCGCUCGACAAGCUCUCCCCCCACGGCGUGCGGGCAUGUCCUCUGCCGGCCCCCAGGCAGUCGUACGCGGCGAGGAGGAGCCUGGCCGCGGCGGCGAUCGGCGGCAGGAAGAUGACACAUCCCGGGAAGGCUAUCCUAGCAGGUGGCAUCGCGGGCGGGAUCGAGAUCUGCAUCACCUUCCCCACGGAGUACGUGAAAACGCAGCUGCAAUUGGACGAGCGAGCCAAUCCUCCACGGUAUCGAGGAAUCGGUGACUGCGUGAAGCUGACUGUGCAGGAUCAUGGUCUCAGAGGCUUGUAUCGAGGGCUCAGUUCACUCCUUUACGGAUCAAUUCCCAAAUCUGCAGUGAGAUUCGGCACUUUCCAGAUCCUCAGCAAUCCCAUGCGGGACGCCACGGGCCGGCUGGACAACAGGGGGAGCCUCGUGUGCGGUUUGGGAGCGGGCAUCACAGAAGCCAUUUUCAUCGUGUGCCCCAUGGAAACGCUUAAGGUGAAGAUGAUCCACGACCAGUGCUCGCUCAGGCCUCGCUACAGAGGCUUCUUUCACGGCGUCAGCGAGAUCAUCAGAGAGCAAGGUGUGAGGGGGACGUAUCAAGGUCUGACGGCGACGGUGCUUAAGCAGGGAACCAAUCAGGCCAUCCGAUUCUAUGUGAUGAAUGCGCUACGCAACUGGUACAAAGGGGAUGACACCAGAAAAGAACUGCACCCUAUCGUCACGGCCAUGUUUGGAGCCACAGCGGGAGCCGCCAGCGUUUUUGGAAACACACCUUUGGACGUGGUGAAAACCAGGAUGCAGGGUCUGGAUGCCCACCGCUACAGGAACACUCUGGACUGUGCCUUCCAGAUCCUCAAACAAGAAGGACCGCUGGCGUUCUACAAAGGGACCGUUCCCCGGCUCGGCCGUGUGUGCUUGGACGUGGCCAUCGUCUUUGUCAUCUACGAGGAGGUGGUCAAACUGCUGAACAACGUGUGGCAGACCCCCGAGGCGCACUAGAAAGUCUAAAGUGCCCCAAAAAAGCGCAAUCUCAACACCAGUGAAGCUGCUCGACUACUUUCACCUUACGCGUCAAGACAUUUCAGGGACUGAACACGCCGAUAAGGUGUGGAGAAUGCAAUUUGGAGUGGGGGUUUUUUUAGCAGUGAAGUCAAAAAGAAAGGACUAAACAUUGUUAGAAGAAGAAUCAUCAACCAAAGUUAUCAACGAUAAAUGGACAGAAAGUUGACUGCGUUCAGAAAGGGAGAUUUUGUUCAUGUGGACAAAAUCAAUAGGAUAUUACAUUCAUAAACUCAUCCAAGCAUGCAUUUACGGACCUUGCUUUGUUCACUGGAAACAAGAAAGGGUCUUUACCCUGCAUAGAAAAUGUGAUGAGAUGAAGAAUUCCAGGCUCUUGGGUUAGCACAGGGGUAGGGAACCUAUGGCUUGCGAGCCAGAUGUGGCUCUUUUGAUGACUGCAUCUGGCUCUCAGAUCAAUCUUAACUGACAUUGCUUAACAUGAUAAGUGAAGUGAAUUAUAUUUAUAUAGCGCUUUUUCUCUAGUGACUCAAAGCGCUUUACAUAGUGAAACCCAAUAUCUAAGUUACAUUUAAACCAGUGUGGGUGGCACUGGGAGCAGGUGGGUAAAGUGUCUUGCCCAAGGACACAACGGCAGUGACUAGGAUGGCGGAAGCGGGAAUCGAACCUGCAACCCUCAAGUUGCUGGCACGGCCUCUCUACCAACCGAGCUAAACCGCCAUAAGUAAUGAAUGAUUCCACUUGUAAUCACAGGGUUAAAAAUAAUGUUCAAAAUAUAAAACAUUCUCAUGCAUUUUUAAUCCAUCCAUCUGUUUUCUACCGCACCCGUUCAAGAAUUUGCGUUAAUGGUAAGAAGUUAUUUAUUUAUUCUUGGUUAGUGUGGGGCUUGCCCGCCUGGGGCUUGUCAGACCACCAAGGACCAACAUGAGAGCCUGUUUCAGGGUUACAAUAUUGUUUUAUUUUUCAAUAAGUCUCUCAGUUGCUUUCCAGCAAUUGUAUCUUUCUCUUUCGUUUUCGCUCGCGCUCUGGCUCCAGCCCCAACCCUGUCUCUCCUCCUGGCUGCUGCUUAUAACAGAGUGACAGGUGAUUAGAUAACAAGAUGGGCAUCUACGCACCUGUCGCUGAUUUCGAGGCCGGUCCUGGCACACCCCAUUUCGCUGCAGGCCAGCAGGCCACGCCCCCUCCACAGUUAGCUCGAGAAUAACAAUGUUAUUACAAAGAAUAAGAGACCUAUUAUACUCUAGAAAUGUUGGUCUUACUUAAAUAUGCUUGCGUUUAGUUUUGUUCAGUGUAAAAAAAAACAUUAUAUGGCUCUUAUGGAAAUACAUUUUAAAAUAUUUGGCUUUUUGGCUCUCUCAGCCAAAAAGGUUCCCGAACCCUGGGUUAGCACAUUCUAAUAAUUUUGUCCAUAUCGUGUAAGAGGUGUUUUUUGUUUUGUCACAGGUAUGCGUUUAGUACUAACACCGAAAAUGUGUCUUUGGGUUAACUGGGGGUGGUGGACUGGGGAAAAGACAGUUGGGGUCACAAUUGUGGCACGAAAAUGUUAACGUUCUAUUCUUCACAUGUAGCGUACACGGUGCAGUUUACCCGCAGAUGCUGGUUAGCACGUUAGCUUUAAGUAUCCCAUACUUUCUGUCGUCUUGCCAAGAGUCGCUGCUAAGUUGAGUCCAAGUCGUCUUUAAAGGCCUACUGAAAUUAGAUUUUCUUAUUCAAACAGGGAUAGCAGGUCCAUUCUAUGUGUCGUAUUUGAUCAUUUCGAAAUAUUGCCAUAUUUUUGCUGAAAGGAUUUAGUAGAGAACAUCGACGAUAAAGUUCGCAACUUUUGGUCGCUAAUAAAAAAGCCUUGCCUGUACCGGAAGUCGCAGACGAUGACGUCACCCAUUAAUGGCUCCUCACAUUGUUUUUAAUGGGAGCCUCCAACAAAAAGAGCUAUUCGGACCGAGAAAACGACUAUUUCCCCAUUAAUUUGAGCGAGGAUGAAAGAUUCGUGGCUGAGUAUAUUGAUAGCGAAGGACUAAAUAAAAAAAAAAGACGAUUGCAUUGUGAGCGAUUCAGAUGUUUUUAGACACAUUUACUAGGAUCAUUCUGGAAGAUCCCUUAUCUGAUUAUUGUUUUAAUAGUGUUUUAGUGAGAUUUUAGAGACUGUAAAGACAUACUUCGAGGUCGGAUGGCUGCGGUGAACACAAAGUGUCUCAAAGAGAAGCCGAGGAGCCAAGCUCACAGCUGCCUUUUUUGACAUGACAGCUGCUGCAGGACGACAAAUAAUCCAUUGAUGUCUCCGGUAAGAUAUAUAUCACAAUUUCCCCAUCCAAAAACAUGCUGGUUGACGUAGAGAAAACAUGUUAGCUUGACCGCUCCGCUUCACAACAAAGAAACACCGUCUGUGUCUCGGCGCUAAAGACAGCUGCAAUCCACCGCUUUCCACCAACAGCAUUGUUCUUUAUAGUCUCCAUUAUUAAAUGAACAAAUUGCAAAAGAUUCAGCAACACAGAUGUCCAAAAUACUGUGUAAUUACGCCAUGAACAGAGACGACUUUUAGCCCGUGUUUGGUGCAGCGCUAAUAUUUCCUUACAGUCCGUGACAUCAUUCCGUGACGUUUUCAACAAGAAACUUGCAGGAAAUUUAAAAUUGCAAUUUAGUAAACUAAAAAGGCCGUAUUGGCAUGUGUUGCAAUGUUAAUAUUUCAUCAUUGAUAUAUAAACUAUCAGACUGUGUGGUGGGUAGUAGUGGCUUUCAGUAGGCUUUUAAGCUUUGGGUAAAAAUGGUGAAAGCUUCAUCUUCGUCUUAAAAUGAUUGCAGUGUUUUUUUUAUGUUUUUACAACUAUUUAUUGUUCUCAUUAACUCUUUGUAUAACAACAGUGUGUCUCAUUCAUGUCUAAUUCAAUGUUUACAGGGGCUUGACGAAGGAACUUGACAGGCUCAAUGACCAAAUAAGCUAACAUUUUGGAAGUUUGGAUCUGAGUGAAAACCGCUCUGCCUUGCCCAGAAGCCUUCAAGUCUCCUUUUUUCCAAACUGAAAACCUGAUCCCAUUUUGCAUCUUGAGCAGCACUACAUUGUUCAAAUUGUUACACUGUGCGUGUAUGCGCGCACAUUUGUUGGCGUCAACAUGGAUCUGUGCGAUUGUUUUGACUGUUACAAAAAGUAUAUCAGGUGGACAAUAACUAAGAUGGAGACUUUGUCGUGUGGUAUGUUGAAAUAAAACCUUGCUGGUGUCAUUAUUUAAACUAAAGUGUUUAUUUAUGGAAGAUAGUGUGGGGGCUUUCAUUAUACUUGCCAACAUUGAGACCUCCAAUUUAGGGGUUGGGGGGCGUGGUUAAGGGUCAAGUAUUUCAUAUAUGUUAAUAUAUAUAUAUAUAUAUAUAUAUAUAUAUAUAAGAAAUACUUGACUUUCAGUGAAUUAUAGCUAUAUAUAUUUAUUUUAUCAUAUAUAUAUAUAUAUAUAUAUAUAUAUAUAUACACACAGGUUUCGUCCCAGACAAUAAGGCGCGCACUACGAGAUGAAGGCCUCCAUGCCAGAACUCCCAGGCGCACCCCUCUUCUGACUACCAGGCACAAGAAAAUAGACUCCAGUAUGCCAAAAAUCAUCUGGACAAACACCAAAGGAUUUGGGAAACUGUUCUAUGGAGUGAUGAGACAAAAGUGGAACUCUUUGGGCCUAUGAAUCAACGUUAUGUCUGAAGGAGAAAAAAUGAAGUUUACAAAGAAGAACACCUUCCCUACUGUUAAGCAUGGUGGGGGGUCAAUCAUGCUCUGGGGCUGUUUCUCUGCCUCAGGUACCGGGAAUCUCCAGCGCGUUCAAGGCAUUAUGAAUUAUAUUUUCUACCAGGAUAUAUUAGCUGCAAAUGUCAUGAAGUCAGUGACGAAGCUGAGGCUUGGGAGAUGUUGGACCUUCCAACAGGACAAGGAUCCCAAGCACACCUCCACAUCAACAUCAGAGUGGUUGCAGAAGAAGGGCUGGAAGACUCUGGAGUGGCCUUCACAGUCGCCAGACCUAAAUCCUCUAGAAAAGCUGUGGUGGGACUUGAAGAAGGCAGUUGCAGCACACAAGCUCAAGAAUAUGAAUGAACUGGAGGCCUUUGCCCAAGAGGAAUGGGCUAAAAUACCUGUAGAUGGUUGCAAGAAGCUUAUGUAUCACCUUUGAAGGAUGUCAUUACUGCCAAAGGGUGUUCUACUAAGUACUAAAGAUGCAUGGAACUAGGGGGUUGAAUCAUUUUGUCAAUGAGAUUUUAAGAAAAAUGUCCUUUUUUGGUAUUUUGUAAAAUACAGUGUUACAAUUUAAGUUGCAUUUGUCUAUUUGACACAUCUUUAUUUGAUAUGACUAUAAACAAAAUACGGAAUAAAUUUCCAACUUGCUAAAACACCAAAAUUGUGUGGGGGUUGAAUAAUUUUGAUCACAACUGAAUGUAUAUAUAAAUUAAAAAAAUAUUUGAAAUCAG